CGAUCACUGGUGCGAGACAUUCAACCCCGUUGCUUGGUGACGGAGUGCAGUGAACGCGCUUGGCGUAACACUAUCCAGAGAAGACAUUGGGAUACAACUUUACUCUCUCAACAUGUGUAUUUGAGCAUUUCAGGUCACUUUAUAGCAUUCAUGUUUUAGACAUGAGGGGAAGUCGACAACAGCACAAUGUCUUUCCCCAUACUGGAUUACGGGAAGAUUGACGUGUGGAUAUCCAUUGAUUACUGAGUCUGUGCUCGUCGCCGUGUCCAAACACAAUGCCUAGCCGUCAGAAGAAAAUCAUAUUCUCCAUCGCAGGGGUGCUCUGCUUUGGCUGUGUCCUGGUCGUGGCAGCUGCGAUGGGGACUCAGUUUUGGGUUCAAGCGGCUGUUCUGUGUCAGACGGGCGCACAGAUCGUCAACGCGUCGGGAGCAGAGCUGGAGAAAUUCAUCGGGAGCGCGACCUACGGGCUUUUCCACGGGAAGGGGAUGAAACAGUGUGGUCUGGGAGACAGACGCUUUUAUUUCUCUUUCUUUCCUGACCUGAUGGACGUGGUUCCAGCCAGUCUACAUGUGAGCGUCAUCUUCUUCUGCGCAGUGCUCAUCGUCUUCUCCUCGGUGUCCUGUGGGUUCUUCUUCUACAAUGCCUUCGGAAGCCCAUAUGAGACGCUGCAUGGACCCCAGGGCCUUUACCUCUGGAACAUGAUAACCUGUUUCUGUGGCUGCUUGGUCCUUAUUCUGUUCUCCUCUGAGGUCAAGCUGCAUCACCUGACCGAGAUCAUCUUCAACUUCAACGAGGUCAGCUUCGUCUACAAAACCCAAAGUGAGAGGUACGACAGAUCCUUCUGGCUCAUCUUCCUCGCCUUCCUCACGCACGGUCUCAACAUCUUGCUCAUCCGCCUCGCUGGGAUCCAGUUCCCCUUUCAGGAGGCCAAAGAGUCCGACGUUAGCACAGGAGCUGCGGAUCUCAUGUACUGACCGGCUCUUUUGUUCUACUUCUUCCCCUGCACAUGUCAUCCAACCGCAGCGACUAGCACUUCUCAACAGGAGCCUUCAGAAAAGCACCAUCCGGUUUGUUUACAGCUGACCAGGCAAGGCACAUCUGAGCCUCUCCAGCUAUUCAGACCAUGUGUGGCGGUGAACCUGGAGAUGCUCGUGUGUCUGCGAGAGAGAAGGGUUCUUAUCUCGCAGCGGGGAGGCGGGAGCGAGGAACUCUCGCUU